CUGAAACUGGCAUGCAGUGGAGCUAUUUAAGCUAGCCGCUUAGCUAGAGCCUAGCCUACUACAGCCUCAGGCUUGCUAGAGGCUUUGCAGUUGGCCUGAAAACAUCGCCACCAUUCCAGAGGGGGGUGGCAAUGGCUGCUGCAAUUGUAAUGUCUCUGCACACGGAGGCUCUAGGAAGGCUCAAUGCAACCGGAGCUACUUGCCAGCCGCAAAGGCCAGCUACUAGUGCGCGCCCUUUGUUGCCAAAGAGGCUGAUUUCGGCACAUCCUCAAAUCCUGCAAAGCAAUUUCCACCAAUCAACAGUUUUUACAUCACAGUACACCCCAGCAAGUUUUCAGAAAUUAGGAGGAGCUCCCAAGGGCGUUUGCAAGUCAGCAGGGUCCGUGUCCCCACCACCAGACCCAGACAAUUCUGACCCAGCAUUGUGGAGUAGCGAGGAAAUUGGAGAAUACCUCGCAGCAAAAACUGGAGACUCCAAGUUGAAGUCUCAAGUGAUGAAAGCAGGGAUCACCGGAUUCUCGAUGCAUACGCUGACCGCCAGCGAUAUGGAGCACUGGGGUCUUGAGCCCAGAGUUAUAAUGCGGGCAUUUUGCUUCAUUGAGGGGCUUCUUCGUAAGCUCGACGUGCGCUCUUUUCAUCGCGUCCACUCUGCGAUGACUGACGACGAGUUUGCCAACGUCGUGGACGAAGCGAGUGCAGCCUUUGAGAACCUAAAAAUUCUGGGAGCGAGAGGGUUUGUAAAGAUGAAACCUUCAGAGUGGGCGCACUUUCUCGAUAGCGAGGUCCUUGGCUCCAGAUUGGAAACUGCUAUCAACCAGCCCAAGAACAUCACACUGGUGCAGGCGGAAAACAUGGAGAAGUCGGUGACGGUGUUUGGGCAGGAGGGGCUGGACAAACUAAUCAGCCACAGCCAGUACCUCAUCCUUCUUGGGAGCACUGAAGAGGAGGAGAAAGUCUUUGUGACCAAGUUCUGGGACCUCAAAAACGGUGAACGGUAUACCACUGAUGAGAGUGUGAGUCGAUACGAGAAGCUGCGCAGACAUCUUGAACAAGAUCAACAUCAAGACAGUGAGACGGUUAUGAACCAGGCAUUCCUCAGCCUCAUCAACACCGCAGGAGCGGCAUUCUUAGACUUUGACCCGAUGGAAGGCACCGCACCCUGCCUGCCGGGGGGGCAGCUUGACAAGGGGUCUAGCACUUUGGCUCAAGGGCUGCCGAUGCCUGUGGCGCACCGGGUACAUUUGCCAACAUGGAGGCAUGGCAAACGUCUUUAUCCACAACUGGAAUUCGACGCAGUGGCCCUUAUUGGGUUCGAGGACGGAAGGAAGGCCAUCGUCGUGGGAGAGAGAAAGAUACAUGCGAUUCGAGAAGACGUCUUGAAUCUGGCACAUCGCGCCAUCAAUUUGCGGGCGCGCCUGCUGGCAGGGGACCCACUGUUAACAACUCCAACGGGCAGAAUGCGCGACAAGGAACUGUAUCGGGCACUUUCCAGUAACCUGUCCCCCCACUCCGGCCUCCGAUUCGUUCCACUCCUUUUUGCUGAGAUUUACGACCCGGAAGUUAAGACAAGUGCCUUGGAGAAUGAAGUUGCUCUUCUCACUCGGGAUGGAGGGGCGGUCGACGUGGUGGUUCCAGUAGAUUUCGAUUCCCUAGAUCCAAUUGUAGGAACCUGUUGAUUUCUGCGUCGUCUGUUGCAAUCUGGUGUAAGCUUACUGGCCUAGACGUAUCCAAACAAUCUCCUUUCGACAGACCAGUCGGACAUUGCCAAUCUACGACAAGAAAAGAACUGCAAACGCCAGCGAGUGAUUUCGUAAGCAUUUGUCUGGUAAUCUUUUAAUGGAUAAGGUUUCGUGCUUUCAUUUUGAGUCUUAGUACCGGGACGGUCGAUCGUUUUCACGACUCGGUUAAGUAGUUAAAGCCGUACAUCCCUGGCAAUGAAUAGGAAGGUUUCUUACGCAAAAGUGUUGAUGUGUCAUGCAGAUGUGGACACUGUGGUACGUCAUAGCUGAGAUUGGAUCGACACAAGUAUAAUCGACGCCGACGACCUUUAAGUAAU